AUGCCAGACUUGGCGUGUACCAGAUGCCGAGAGCGCAAGAUACGCUGCGGCCGGGAACGGCCUCAUUGCCGUAACUGCCAGAGGGAGGGCGGGCUGAUUUGCGUGUAUCGGAUUCCUGCCAAACGUGUUAAUCACCUCAAGUUACUGUGCGCUAGUAUCGAUCGACUACAGGAUCGAUUGACAAGUAUUGAGGCUCACCUUAGCCGACUCCAUGGACCUGGCCUCCGGAUUCCGGUGUUCGAGGAGGAACACCAGUCAUCCCAAUCAAAAGCCUUGAUUGAGGGUGUAUCUGCAACAAGUAGCUGUGACGAUACUGACGAUGAAGAGGAGCACAAGGAGGGGGCUUCCAGGAUUUUUGCCCCUAAACAUUCAGAAUAUUACUUUGGACACCCAUCUGUCGCCGCUCUGUGCGAAAACCUCAAGAGAAGGGUCCAGCUGGUACCCUACGCGACGGAAGCAAUAUGGCGACCGCUCUGCGACAUGUUGCACCAUCUAUGCGAGAUCACAAGCGUGUCAGAACCUAUCCCGUCAUAUAGCGACCGGCUCGUUGUUCCGCUGCUGCCCAGGCAUCAGGCUACCGCCGCCAUGGAUUGGUUCCUCCAGCACCAAGACUGCCAGACCGACGUCUUCGUGCCGGAUAAUCUACGGGCCAACCUCCAGCGCGUGCACUCGCAGCAUCAGCCUCAGUCUGAUGAUGCCGCCUGGGGCAUAUGCUUCCAAACCAUUACCCUAUUGGCCCGGAUCAAAUCUAAAGCUACGCAUGGAUUGCUCGGCAACUUCACGCAUUCAUUCGUACCCAGCCGGGCGGUAUUGGCUUGCCCCGGUCUGCUAAAUACGCCGAGACUCAUCAAUGUGCAGGCUUUGCUUCUCCUCAGUGUUGCAGCGCAAGCUCUCGACCAUUCCGGAUCGGCAGAAUUGAUAUUUGCCCAUGCGUGCACCCUGGCGCGGAUUGUAGGCUUGCAAUGCAGCCAAAUUCCGGAUCAGGGUGACAUUGUAGAAAUUGAACGCGCUAAGGUGCUUCGAGCGUUGUACAUCCGUGAUCGGAGUUUGUAUACGCUUCGUGGCUCAGUGCUUUGGAUGCCCUAUGACGACUAUGACAUCGUCACUCAGCUGCGUGCAGCUGUUGAUAAGCUGGAAAAGCACUCAAAUCGGCUCCGUCUAGCCAUAAUGCAGGAAGACAUAUACCGGCUGGCUCAGAUGAGCUCAAUGUCGGGGAAGGCACACGACAACCAAGGACUGCUGAUGCACAGUGAAAAGCAGCUUGAUGAGUAUGCUCGAACAUUGUAUCUAUUCCAUGGCCAAAACACCCCGUUAGAAUUCCCUGGAUCUCAUGCUAUAGAGACUAUGGAGUUCUUGGCAACUCGAAUCAUGGCCUUUCAACAUGGACAGGAGCUAUACCACUCGCGGCAAAUCGAGAAAGAUGCGCGGUUGAGCUGCUUGCUUUUGCUGAUAGCACACGGAGACCAGAAUCCGGCGGUUUUAUACUGUUUCAACGAAAUGAUAGCAGGGGAAGGAACCAAUCCAAAAAGCAACGAUCAGUUUCACUGCUCCCCUAAUGUGUCAUUCAUGAGUGUGUAUGACGCGUUUUCUGUUCCCGCAUUUUUCAUUGUAUUACAAAAUCUUCUCAUGUCACGCUCGCGUGAAACUCCGGCUGGCAUGAUAUCUGACUUGGAUUUGCUGCGGCGGGUGUCGGCUUGCUAUACCGAUCAUGCUAGUCAAAUGCCGACAAAUAGCUACCACUCAAAGAUAGCGUGGAUAUUUUUACAACUGAUGUCUUUGGUUCGCGUUGUUGUGGACGCACGUUUGGGUCGUCAUAUUGUUGACUCGCCUCGAGCCCCUCCUCAGAAUGACCUUCCCAGUCCGCCAUACUGGCUGGUGGCUCAGCAAUCAACCGCUCCUCUGAAUUGGGAGAGUUGGCUCAGUGGGGCGUCAUCUCUGGCACUGUCCCCUCUUGGGCCUGCGACACCACUCGGGACAUGGAACGCUAACACGCCGGCUCUAGACGGCGAAGGACUGAUGCUGUGGCCAACAGCAGGUGAAAGGUCGCCCGUGGCACCAACAUGCUCCACAUCAUGA